AUGGCACAAAAUAAAGGUUCUAAUGUUUUAAUUCAGCAGUUACUUAAGGCUGAAGAAGAAGCAGACUUGGUUAUUAAAAAGGCAAAGGAUGUCAGGGCAAAGAUGUUGAAAGAAGCAGAAGCUACAGCAACGGAGGAAUUGAAAAUUUUUAGAGCAAAAGAAAAAGAACGUUUAAAUAAAGGACACAAAGAGAAAUCGACAGCAGAAGACGAAGUUGUUACAAAAAUAGAACAGAAUACAAAAGAUGAAAUUAAAGUUUAUAAAGAUUUAUUUAAAAAAAAUAAAGAUCAAGUUGCUCAAUUUAUUUAUGAUAAAGUUUAUAAUGUUGAUUUGACAAUUCCUGACUGUAUGGAAAAAUCUUUUAAUAAUUGA